CUUUUCGGUGUGACGUCACGCGGAGCGUUGUCAAUGACAACCAUUUCUUACUGGGUGAAAACAACAGGUUCAUGGCGGCUUCUUGUAUACGGACGGUACUGUUUUGCUAGCCGUUUUCCAUUGUUAUUCAUCGAAUUUUUUAAUAAAAUUUCGUAUCAAUACUUCGAUGAGUUACCAGAGGAAGCAAAAAAAAGAUAUUUGGAAAAGCUGAAAGCCGUAAACCUGAACGAAUGUCCAUAUAAGCUUCCAGAGGGCUGUUGGUCUGGUGAUCUGGUAAAAUGGCCUAAUUUGGAGUAUCUGGAUGUUUACGAGUAUUUAAUCGAAACACCAGGACCUUACACACGCAAGUCCAUGAAAUGCAGAAAGGGGUUGGAGGCUUACAACCAGUUUCAGUCUGGUUGGGUACAGAAGGUUUUAAGCCUCAACACAACAGCGGACACAUGUGUUUUGAUUGCAAAAGUCCUUCAUUCUCAAAGGUUGUCUGAAGAUGCACUGAGGCCAUGGGUAGCUAUCAAAAAAGAUGGGACAGUUAGUAUGUGUGCACAUUGCAACUGCAUGGCAGGCAUUGGUGAAUCCUGCUCACAUAUUGGAGCUCUGCUUUUUAAAAUUGAGGCAGCAGUACGGCUUGGCUACACCAAAGAAGCAGCUUGCACGUCCAAAGCCUGUACAUGGAAUAAUGACUUUGUGACUUAGAUACCCGGAGUCCAGAUUAAAGAUGUUAAUUUUUAUAAAGCUGAGAAAAAUUCAGCUGCCAGCAGGAAAAGCUCAACUGGGUUAAUAAUUCAAUCACAAAAUGAAACCCUUAAGAGACUUGGUGAUUUACCACAUAAUGAUCAGCCUGUUGGCCUCAGCACAUUUGCAAAUUUUGCCAAGCCAUUUAUUCAUUCCAAAAUUGCCAAAAUUGCUGAGAGAGCUGUAUUCUCCUAAUUCAAAAAGUGAAGAUAUUGAUAGGGUUUAUCAGAACAAAA